AUGCCGUCACAAGAAUACUCAACUUUAAUAGACAUACCAGUGACAAAAGUACAGGUUGAACACUGUUCAUAUUCUUUUUGGUCCUCACUAUAUCCUAAAUAUGUACCCAAAUCUAUAGUGCUGAAAUCAUUACCAAAAAAAUUCAUUCAAUAUUUGGAACAAGAUGGUAUCAAGCUACCUCAGGAGGAAAACGUUAGGUCAGUCUACACGGAGGAAAUAGUAAGAAAUGAAGAUAACGAUUACAGUGAUUGGGAAGAUGAUGAAGAUACCGCUACCGAAUUUGUCCAGGAAGUUGAACCAUUAGUAGACUUUCCAGAAUUGCACCAGCAAUUGAAGAAUGCAUUAAACGAAUUGGGUGCAGUCGCUCCCAAGUUGAACUGGUCCGCACCUAGAGAUGCCACUUGGAUUUUACCGAACAAUACCAUGAAGUGUAACGAAGUAAAUGAACUCUACCUCCUUUUAAAUGCAUCCAAUUAUAUAAUGCAUGAUCUUCAAAGAGCAUUUGAAGGCUGUGUAGACGGUAAUGAUAUAAGAGGCUUAAAAUAUGACUUAGUCCUUAGGCAAUGGAGUGAUAUGAACCCGGCAUUGGAAUUUCGGGUUUUCGUCAAAGACACUCAUAUUGUCGGGGCCACACAACGUGAUUUAAAUUACUAUGACUAUUUGGAUGAGCUAUCAGACACCUUCAAAGAUCUUAUUGAUGAAAUAGUUCAUGACGUUGUUUUGCCCAAGUUUCCCGAUAAAAGUUUCGUUCUCGACGUUUAUAUCCCGAGGCCUUUUGAUAGAAUCUUCAUCAUUGAUAUAAAUCCGUUUUCCAGGAAGACAGAUUCUCUGUUGUUUUCAUGGAAUGAGAUAGCCACGAUAACGCCUUCAAGGAAUGGCGCCAGCGACGACGAAGAUUAUGAACUAAGGUUAGUAGCGAGACAUAACACUGGUAGAUUUGCUUCAAAAGAGCAUUCCGAAAACCAUGUCCCGCAAGAUCUUGUAGAAGCUAGUUUAAAUCCUGAAGCAAUUCGGGAGCUUACCCAGAAAUGGAAGGAAUUGCUUUCACAACAGACACAGGAAGAAAGCAGUAACAGUGAGAAUGAAGCCUAG